GGAUACAGAAGGAUCCACUGAUGGUCUGAAAACUCAUAGUAGGGCUCAACCAGGAUCGUGACAGCUUGAAGAGAAGUUCACACACAUACUGAGAGGUGCAGAAGUAAAGAUAUUUUCAUCAUGGCAACCGCAGUCAUGCAAAUGGAAACCAUGGUCCAGCAACAUCACUCCAUUAAAGUCUCCAGCUCCCAGAUGCAACAUAUGUCUCAGACCACCAAGAUUGUGGGAGAGGAAGUUGUUUCUAGGAAAUCUUCUACCACUGUGGAGUCCUUCAGCAUGGUGACACGCUCCUUUGAGAUCCCUUUAGGAGAAAGCAUCCCUGAAUUUGUGGAGAAGCCUCAUCCACUGACAGCCCCUGAGGGAGACAAAGCAGUAUUUCGAGCUAAAGUGAAAGGUAACCCCAAGCCCAAUGUAACAUGGAAAAGAGAAAGUGGGAUACCAAUAAAAGAAGGUUCAAAAAUGUUUUUUGAUAGUAUCAAUAAGGAGUUUGUGCUAAAGCUGGAAUCCCUCACCGCGGAUGAUGCUGAUAACUACAAGUGCAUUGUUUCCAAUGACCAUGCUGAUAUUAUCUACACUGUGUCCUUGAUUGUGACUGAAAGUCAAGAAAAAUUGGAUUUCAAAAAAAUGCUUAAAAAAAGGGGCCCUCCUGCUCCAAAGAAGAAAGCGAAGAAGGUGACUGAUGAGAAGGAAAUGCUUGAAAUCCUCUCCAAGGUGCCGAAAAAGGACUUUGAGAAGGUCUGCAUGGAAUACGGCUUCACCGACUUCCGUGGGCUCCUUAAGAAGCUAAAGGAGAUGAAGAAGAAAGUGGAGGUUGAGGCAGUCAAAGUUCUAAAACCUCUUGAAGAUGUCUCAGCUAAAGUGGAUUCCACAGCUAUAUUUGACACCAUUCUGGAACUGAGGGACCCCAAUACUAAGAUGACAUGGUAUAAGGGUAAUGAUCCCUUGCGUAUGCAGUACUGCCUAGGAAAAUAUGAAAUAAAGCAGAUGGGUACAAAGUAUAUGCUGUACAUCUUAAACGUGAAUGAAAAAGACUGGGGCACCUACAGUCUAAUUGUAGCUGACAAGAAACUCUCAGCACAACUGAAAGUGAUAGAUGAGCCCCUAAAGUUCCUGGCAGAACUGAAGCCAUUGAAAGUGACAGAAAGGCAGACAGCAGUGUUUGAAAUCCGCCUGUCCAAAAAAGUGCCCAAUUUCACCUGGAAGUUCAAUGGGAAGGAGCUGAAGCGGGAUGACAAAUAUGAGAUCAUCACAUCUGACGAUGGAUUAACCCACACAUUGAAAAUUAAGGAUGUUCGGCCCAGUGACAUUGGAGAGUUUAGCGCCCAGGUUGGGGAUCUGGUGCAGAAAGCACCACUCUUCAUUGAACGAAUUCCAAUUAAAUUUGUCAGCAACCUGAAGAAUGUCCGAGUCAAGGAGAAGGGGAAAGCUUGCCUGGAGUGCGAGCUGACCUCUAAAGAUGUUACGCUGAAGUGGAUGAAGGAUGGGAGGGUGAUUGAGAGGUCUGACAAAUACAGCAUGACACAUGAAGGGAAGAGGGCAGAGCUGAUCAUUGACGAUGCAGAGCUGAGUGACUCAGGAGAGUACACAGUGGUUGCUAUGCAAGAUAAUGACCCAACGGAGUACUGCAGCACUUCUAGUGUAACUGUGGAAGAGAGAUUCGCUACAGUCAAGAGCGGCAUGUCUGAUGUUCAGGCUCCGACUGGGAACCCAGCAGAGCUCUGCGUUGUCCUCAAUGAUGAGAAGGUAGAGGGAGUUUGGCUGAAGGACGGAAAAGAGAUCACGGAUAUGACAGGGAUCCAGAUAGUCAAGCAGGGAGCUGUCCACAAAUUGAUCAUUGACAAAAUGGGAGAGGAACAUGAAGGGAAGUACACAUUCAGAGCCAAGGGGGCAGAAAGUGAGGCCACCGUUGCCAUUGCAGAUGUUCCUGUCAUUGACUCAUCUGUGCUGGAGCUUUUGGCUGCACACCCAGUGACUGUGAAGGCCGGGCAUACAGCAUACAUCAAGGUCCCAUUCAAGGGAAAGCCACUGCCAAAAGUCACCUGGUUCAAGGAUGGUAUUGAGGUGACAGAGGAAGAGAAGGUUGUGAUGGAAAAAGCCAGUGACUAUGCAACGCUCACAAUAAAAAAGUGUAUGAGAGAAGACAGUGGAAACAUUAUGCUGAAGCUGAAGAAUGAUUGUGGUUCAGCUGUUGCUAAUAUGUUUCUCAACGUUGUUGACAAACCAAAACCACCUCAAGGUAAAGUGGAAUUGCUAGAGCGUACGGGAAAAUGCAUUAAAAUGAAAUGGAAAGCACCCAGAGACAAUGGAGGAAAGCAAGUGACCCACUUCAUCAUUGAAAAGAAAAUGGCUGGGAAAAAGUCAUGGAUCAAAAUUGGGGAAACUGACAGCAAACACACCACAUUUGCCACUGAUAAGGUUGAGGAAGGUAAAGCCUAUCAGUUCAGAAUCAUUGCUGUCAAUGCAGAAGGUCUGAGUGAUCCACUGGAGACAGAAGAAAUCUUUGCUGGAGAACCUAUUGAGCCCCCUGGAUUGGCAUCUCAACCUCAAGUUACAGAUGUUACUAAGGAAGCUGUCACCAUCACCUGGAACCCUCCAGCACAGGACGGCGGCUCCCCAGUACAAGGGUACAUUGUGGAAAGAAGGAAGAAAGGCAGCAACCUUUGGGUCCCAGUUACCAAAGAACUAGUCCAAGAUACCAAGUUCAAAGUGGAUGGACUGCUGGAGGAUACAGAAUAUGAGUUCUGUGUUACAGCUGUGAACAGGGCAGGGCCUGGACAACCCAGCGCAGCCUCAAACUCUGUUGUUGCAAAGGACCCCAUCAAGCCUCCGGGAAUAGUGAAGGGGAUCCAUGUGGUUGACUCUUCCAACUCCAGCAUUUCCUUGGCGUGGGAGCAGCCAGAUCAAGGAGACUUGCCCUCAGGAUACAUACUCGAGAUGCGCGCAGAGAACACCAAGGAAUGGACAAAAUGCUCUAAAAUCCCAAUCUCUGGCACCAGCUACACUGUGGGAGGCUUACAGGAGAGGCAGAAAUAUUUCUUCCGAAUCCGAGCGGUGAAUGAAGCUGGUGUGGGAGAACCAGCAGAGCUAGAUGAAGGAGUCCUAGCUAUGCCGCCUCCAGCCUCUCCUAAGUUUGAUCUAAGUGCCAAGCUGAAGAGUCAUAUGGUGGUUCGCGCUGGGACAGCCCUCUGCAUUCAUGCUGCUUUUACUGGUUCCCCUCCACCAACUGUGACCUGGCAAAAAGAUGGAAUUCCCACAAAAGGGAGAGAGAUCAUCACCAAAGGCAAGAACCACUCCCAGUUCCUCAUCCACAGCACCAAGCGUUUUGAUUCUGGUGUGUACAGGAUCCUCCUUAGAAACGACUAUGGUGAAGCCCAUUAUGACAUCCAAGUACAUGUGGCAGAUUUCCCACGGCCACCAAAGAAUCUGCAGCUGGUUGAGGAAGUGCCGAACACCGUGACUCUGAAAUGGGAUCACACCCCAGAUAUAAUGGAUGAUGGGCAUGCCCAUUACGUCAUCAUGAAACGUGACGCUAGAACUGCCACCUGGUUCACUGCGGCUGAGAAAGUCUACAGUAACAAGUACACUGUCACAGCCCUAGUCCCAGGGAGGAAAUACUUUUUCCGAGUUAUUGCCCGCAACGACAUUGGAGACAGUGACCCUCUGGAUUCCAAGGAGCCCUGGCAUAUCUCUAAAGACAAAGAGCACUUCAGUGGCAAGUUGAAGGAGUAUCACGAGAGAGACUGGCGCCAGGCCCCCCACUUCAUUGCUCCGCUGAAGAACCAUGCAGUGCACCGGGGCCAGGACUGCACCAUGAGUUGUGCUUUCCUGGGCAACCCCCGCCCGGUGGUGACAUUGUACAAAGGCAAUGUGAACAUCACAGCCAAUUCUAAGUUCUGGUACAACUCAACAAGUGGCGUCUGCACGCUGAUGAUCCCCACCUGCAGCUCCAAGGACAGCGGAGACUACACUGUGGCCAUUGAGAACGAGCUGGGCCAGGACAAAGGCAGCUGCGUGUUGACUGUGUAUGAUAAAGAUGAUAAAAGCCUCCUGGACUCGGUAACUGAAAGUCUUCAGAAGUCAAAGCACAUCAUGUAAUCAACAGACCCGGAUCCAAAUUCAUCCAGUCCAGCAUGCGGAAUAAUUCAAACAUUUCUGUGUAGUUUGACUUAGAUAUGCAUGGUUCAAAACAGCAACUGCACUAUCUUCUAUAGUGAUCAAUGAAAUCAAAUUCCAAAAGGUGGGGCCUUUAACAGGGCAGUUUUGAUGGUUCAAUACUUUCUUCUACAUAGGCAGCUUCCAAAUGCUAGUGUGUGUGAAUGGUAAUAUUUACAAUAUUGGAUGAAAAUGUAUCUUAAAAAUAAAAGGAGCCACAGUCAGUGAGAGUUCUGCUUUGACUUCAAUGGGAGAAGAACUGGGCUAUAUCUGUAUUAGUCAUUGUUACUUUACUGCAGUACUUAGAGGCCCCAGCUAAGCUCCAGGCCUUGUUGUGCCAGACACUGUACAGCCACACAGUAAGAGAUCGUUCCCAUCCCUAAAAGCUUACCCUCUAGUCUAAACAGACAAGACAAAGAAAGGAAGUAUUAUUGUCCCCAUUUUACAGAUGGGGAACUGAGGCCCAGAGAGACUCUGACUCACACACGAUCACACAAGAAAUCUGCAGUCGAGUCAGAAAUAGCAUCCAGACCUCCUGAGGCCCAGUCCAAAGACUUAACCAUAAAAGGAGAGGUUACUUAUCUUGUACAGUAACUGGUGUUCAAGACAUUUUGUCCCUAUGAGUGCACCACAUGAGGAUAUAUAUGUGCCCAUGCACUCCUGAGUAGAGAUCUUUUUGUUAGUAGUGUCCAUGGGGUCUGCACCUGCACCAUACAUUUCCUUGUACUCCAGUACGAGGGCGUAUAGGGAGUAGUGGACCCACGCCACUCCAGUUCCUUCUCAGCCUCAGAGCUUGGUAGAACCCCAAAGCAGAGGGGAAAGGAGGCGGAUGGUGGAGCUCCAAUAGGGACAAAACAUCUCAAAGAACUCCAGUUGCUUUACAAGGUAGGCAGCCUCUCCUCCUUCGAGUUUUUGUCCCUGUGAGAGCUCCAAGUCAGGAGACAACCCCCAACCCCGAGCAGUACCUCAAUAAGCAGGAGGAUGCUAAGGAGGCAAAUUUAGUACAGAGUGUAAAACAGCUUCACCAAAGGCUGCUCUGGAGACAUAUACUCAGGCAUAAUGUUGAAAGAACCUGUGAACAGAGGGCCAGUUGGCUGCCUUACAAAUUACUUUGACGGGUAUCUUUCUAAGUAGGGCUAUGGAAGUGGGAUUGAACCCUAGUUGAAUGAGCAGUGACUUCAGGAGGGGGGGUGCAUUCCUAAGGAUUCGUAGCAUGCAAGAAUAUACCUGAAACCCAUUUAGAUAGCACCUACGUGGAAAUACAGUGACCCCCUCAUCCUCUUUGUGGAGGAAUUGAAGAGGCUGGUGGAAUUCCUGAAGGGUUUAGUUCUGUGUAGGUAGAAAGUCAGAGCUCUUCUUACAACCAGAGUAUGGAGGCUGGUCUCUUCCCUCAAAGAGUGAGGUUUGGAGUAAAAGACAAUUAGUUGAAUGUCCUGAUUGAUAUGGAACGCUGAUGAAACUUUAGCAAGGAAGCGAAAGUGGGUCCGCAGGAUAAGGCUUUGAAAUCAUCUGCAUAGAUUGGCAGAGAAUGGUUGCCUCAUGUAGGGAUGAAGAGGGUGGUAAUGUCGCCUCCUCUAUUCUCAGCUCCUGUUCUUCUGGUGGGAGGAUGAAGAGGGCCCUGAAGUGUUGGUGGCCGAGAAUCUUAGUGAGUGCUCUUGUGUGAGGGUAAUCUGUAGACUUGGUCCCCAAAAAGCCCAUUGGGGAAGGGCGUAAGGAAAAGGAGUAGGGCCCCCAGGGUGUUCUUGCCAUGGCUGAUGGGCCACCCAUUGGCUGGUUCCUGGGAUCUUGUCCCCAGGGAACACCUUGAGGGAUACAGGGUGGGAACACCUUGAGGAAUAUAGAGUGGAAUGGGUAGGUGAUGGUGCCUUGAAUGGAUACAUCUGAAUAAGAAGUAUCCUCUUCCAUGUUCAGUGGUGGAGCUAAAGGAGUCAGUACCAGGGGCUCGGAUUGAUAUCCGGAGCCAAUCCAGCAAUCAUGAUGGUACUGGUGGAGUCUUUAUUUUAGGCUGCAGCAGUACCAGUGGAUGUUGGUUCCAGUUGGUACACAGGUGCCCGUGGGAAAGUCCUCCCAGUACCCCUCAGUAGGGGGCACUCGGGUUCCUCCAGGACAUGAUGGUCCUCAUGAAGGAGGAACCUGGAAGUCACUAUGAGACUGAGGAUUGCAUCUAUGGGUGAAAGCCCUCCAGUGAUACUGGAGAUGGUACUGAUGAUAAACUCACUCUGGAGAAAUCUGGGUGAUGGUAGAUGGUAUCAGGUGAGAUGAUUUCUUCAAAGAGUCCAUGCUCUUCGAGGAGUCCUUCCAUGUGGAAGUGUCCAGUUCUGGUACUGACGAGACCACUGUUUGCUGUUUGGCAGUGGGUUUCUUGGUCCGUGGCUUCAUGAACGGAGUCUUCCUUGGUGGUGCCGAUGCCUUGCUGCUGAUAAGAGUCUCACCAGUACCUGCUUUGAGAUAUGAGGUCUCCUUGUUGCUCCCACAUCUAAGCAGAGACUUAGCCUGUCUGUCAGGGAAGUGGGAUCUCCUACGUUUGACAGUCUUUUGAGAGAUCAAAGCUGUCCCCUGAUUUCUGGUAGAUGGAGCCAGAGCUAAUGAAAUCUCUGGAGCA